GGGGGUAAAACAGUCAUAUCACAUCUAAAGCUGAACUACUUAUACCAAAUAGUCAACAUCGAAUGGGGUCAAACGUUUUCCCAUGAACACAAGGACCCUCCUUCCUUGUCUUCCUGUAAUUCUCUCUUUCCUUGUACGGGUUUGCACUCGCUUCUAGAAGUGUAAUUGAGCUUCAUGGAUGAUCGUCUUGGAAAUAUAAAGAUCAUAGGAGAUCAUUUUAAAGCAUCUGAACCCAAUAUCGACUCUUCUCAGGACAUAGCUUCAUCUAUCUCGCGACCAAGAACUGAUAAGUAUCCAAGGUCUCGCUUGUGGAGUAGGAGAAAAUUAAGAAGUGCAGCAUACAUGUUGAAAUUGAACUUCUUUAGUCUCCGCGGACUGCCAUGGGGGUCUAGCGCAGAUGGCGAAGAAAAGGUUGAGCUAACUGCUGUAGAACUAGAAUCACUUCGAUCGGAGCUUGCUGAUUUAGAACAGAAGGAAGCGCACUUGAAAGCUCAAUUGGAACACGUUGAUGAAGUUUUGCGAUCUGCUCGUCUCGCUGGCUAUUUGUACAUCCGAACUAGGUGGAAACCACUACCAGGAGAACCUCCCCCUCUUGAUGAUACUGACGUUGAUGACUGGCUUCCUCGCUUUGUUGUCUUGCAAGGGCCGUGCAUUUUCUUCUUCUUGUUUUCCACAGAUUUGAGUCCUCAAGACUCCACCCUCUUAGCUGAUAUUGUUGAAAUAGGCCCCUUGCCAAGCAUUACACGAGACGAUGAAGGAACUCGACAUGCAUUUUGUAUAUUAACUCGUCAAGGACUGCGAUUCGAGUGCUCAAGCGCUUCUAAGGAACAGGUGGACUCGUGGUUGUCAGCAUUACGAACAGACUGCAAAUUCGAGGGUUCAGAUGCCGCCGCAGAUCCAAACAACUCAUGUGAGAAACAAAGUUAAGACAGCUUAGGAGCAGUAAGUUGUAGAUAUGUAGAAAUUUAAAACCUACACUUACAUUAGUUAAUCCGACUGUGACGUCAUAAAAUUCAUUCAUAUUUUGUGUACAUAAGAAUUAAUAAUAGAAUCUAAUUGAAGCAGCAAUGUCUAAACUCUUCUUCCUCAA